AGCAGUGGCAGCAGUGGCAGCAGUAGUGGCAGUGGUGGCUAUGGUGUUAGUGCUAGUGUUAGUGUUAGUGUUAGUAUUAGUGGUAGCUGGUGAUAGCAGCGGGCUGGGUGGUAGUGGUUGGUUAGCAGCUUCAGCUAUUAGGCCUGUGGCUUUAGCGGCUCUGCCAGGGCUAUCGGAGCUGCUAGGUGACGCAAAUUGCGCAGGGCUCGAGGUAGGUGUGACCGGUCGACUUGAACCCGGACUUGUACUUUGGCCGUGGUUUCCCCGCCGCUCAAUCAGCUCCACUAAAGAAGGCCGGGCCCGCAGCGUCGGUCGGAGGCCGAGCAUGCAAACGCGUUAUGCGGUGUAAACCGUCUAAACUCUCUUGGUGAGGAGUUGUCUUUGACGAGGUCAAUGGUAGUCGGAUCUGGAAUCUUGUUGUAAACUCGACAAGGUUGCUUAUGCUUCAUUUAUGCUUUACUUAUAUGCGCACAUGUACGUUGUAUCCGUUGUAUCCGGGAGAUGUAGUUGAUUAUAAGUAAUUACAGCCGACACGAAGGAAGUC